AUGCUGAACAGCCGCGCGGGCCCGCGGGUGCCGCCGAAGGGAAAGAAGGCCAAGGGCAAGAAGGUGGCACCGGCCCCUGCUGUAGUCAAGAAGCAGGAGGCCAAGAAGGUUGUCAACCCACUCUUCGAGAAGAGGCCCAAAAACUUUGGCAUCGGACAGGAUAUCCAGCCAAAACGUGACCUCACACGUUUUGUGAAAUGGCCCCGCUACAUCAGACUGCAGCGGCAGAGAUCCAUCCUGUACAAGCGGCUGAAGGUGCCUCCUGCGAUUAACCAGUUCACUCAGGCUUUGGAUCGCCAGACAGGUGAGGAUG